AUGGCCGCUCUCACAAUGUCUCCCACGACCGUGCGCCAGCCCUUUGCGAGCUUGGAUACACCGCGCAUGCGACCCUUGCUCAAGGCAAAGAUGAACCUUAAAAACCAACAAAAUGGCACGAUUCUGUCUGGCAAGAGGCAACCCCUCUCGGAGGUGGACACCGAGAACAUCGACCCCACAACCUUGAAGUCCUCGACAAAACGCAAGCGUGGCGCGGAUGAGGACGAGCAUGAGCCUGUCAAGAAUACUAGCAAGCCCUUGAAGUCCUCGCGGAUCACGUUGACAACCGUGAAGUCCAAUGCGGCUCCUCACAUCCCAACCACGCCCCCCAAGGCAUCCCUGUCUACCCCCAAAUCCGCUCCCGCCCUUAAACCGGCGGGACGCUCCCCACAGGCCAAACCGUGCAAGCCAUUCGCUCGUCGCUCGACCAUUGCGAAGAGCCGUCCUGAGCCUGCAAGCAAAAAGAGUGUCCAUCGUCCUUUUUCCCUUGCUGCAGCACUGGCAAGUGGCAAGCCAACGAGUCAACCGACCUCCAAGGCUCCCUCUGGCUGGUCUUUCGACAUUUAUGUAGAUUCAGAGCAAGAGGAGAUGACCAACCUCAUGCAACACUCAACCUGUGUGCUAGAUAUCAGUGAUGACGAAGGCAAGGGGGAAUCGGCCACCCGAGGCAAGGAGAAUAUCCCUCCUGCCGAACUCGGAAUCGACCUUCCUCGCUCUCGUCAACGGGAAUCCCCCGCUGCUGCCGCCCGCAAAUCCGUCAUGAUGGAAGAAUCUCGUGCUCCCCUCGGCGACCUGAUUGCCGCUGACUACUAUGGCGAAGACUGCCACACUUUCUCUUAUGCCGUCGUCUAUGACGACGAGGAAACCGAUGCCACGCCCGCCAAAAAAGCGCUUCUUCCCACUUUGCCUCGAUCCUGCCCUCACAGCCGCAGCAAACUUUCCAGUGUCUCAUCGAUUUCAUCAUUACUUGAAGCGACCACGCCUGAGAAGCAGGUCAGGGACGCCAAGUCCGGACCAUCAGAGGCGGAGGUUGAAGUCUGGGAGAGUGGAAGCGCUGUGGAUGAGUCUACCUAA